GGGUACAUGUCUAUGUGUAUGUGUGAGAUAGUGAGAGAGAAUUUUCUAGUACUAUAUUUAGAGGUAUCAGUCACUUCAAUUCCAUCAUCAAGAAACCAAGAAGGAACUAUUGAGAAGUAGAUGCAUUAGGAAAAUGUACAGAAAGGUAAAGAUGGAAGCAGCAGUGGGUGGGAACAAGAACAACAACAAGAGCAAAUCAUCUAUGCACUUGUCAGAUCUCCAAUCCAUCUUACACAAAACCCAAAGACCUGAUCAAUCCAAUGAUGAUAGCCCAAUCAUAGAAAGCAUGAUUAGCAGCAGAAGGAGGAGGAGCAAUGUUGUUGCUGAUGAUGAUGAAGACUAUGAUGAUAAGUCAUCCAAGAACAGUGAUGAAGAAGCAGAAGAUGAGUGGAGGAAGGAUAAUUCUAGGGAGAAAAAGGUUAUCAAUAGGAGGAGGAGCAUUUCAUCUUCAAAGGGGGUUGGAUCUGAGAUGGUGAAAUUUGAGAGGAGUGGGAGUAGAAGAUAUGAGGCGAAUAAUGGGGAGUUUUCGAUGAUGAGAAGAAGACCUUCUUCGGUUUCUGAGAGGUAUUAUUGUUUUAGGACGAUGAUUCGUAACCAGAAGUGCUCCGACUACGCUCACCUCUCAUCCCCCUCCGCCACCGCCACUUUGGAAGAAGAGGCGGUUGAGGAGGAAGAUGAAGCGGGGUCAGUGACACGGAAGAAGGACGAGAUCGCUAAACCUAACCGUGGGAAGUUUCUUAGAGCAUGUAAGCGCAUUUUGAGGCUUUAAGUAAUUCAUCACAUCAGUUUUUUUAUCACAUCAGUUUUUCUUUUCUUCAUGGCCCGGCCUCUCUUUGUUGUUGUUGAAGAGACAUAAUAUGGAGUAAUAUUUUCUUGUCCCAAUGUGAAGGUCCAUUUACUUACUCUCC